AGGGGCGCGGCUCUCUUCCAGGAGCCUCUGCGCGCUCUCUCCUGCGGGGCUCACUCCUCUCCUCCCUCUCUCCAAGCCCUGUGCCUAAUGGAAGAGAAGAGGAUGAACUCUUUAGUGAAAUGGACGCUUAUCCUCUUCGUCCUUGCCUCCAUCAUCCUCAACAUCGUCCUGAUCGGCAUCCACUCCAGCAGGGCGCCCAAAUGCUCCGCUCAGCGCGUGCACCCGCUGCGGCGCAAACACGACGAGCGCAGCGCCGUGUUCGCGGACCUCUCCCGGGAGGAGUACCUGCAGGUCCAGCAGUUCAUGCUAAAGCAGAAUAACUUGGAAAUAUCCACCAACCAGAUCUCCAAGCCGUCGGAUAACUUCCUGUUUCUAAUAGAUCUGUCUGUGCCAAAGAAAGCGGACGUGCUCGCGUAUUUGGACCGGAAUGGCGCCAAGCCGACCAGAGAGGCCACGGUGGUGGUGUUUUACGGUGCCAAAGGAUACAUCAAGGAGUACGUAGUGGGCCCUCUUCCCAACCCAACAUACGUCAACGAUGUCACCAUGGAGAGGUACCACAAGGAUCUGCCCAUCAGUGCGCGCACAGUCACCAUCGGGGAAUAUAAUCUGCUUUUCCAGUUUUUGGGAGACGUCUUCACUAAACUGGGGAAGAUCAUGAAGGAGAGCUUCGAUAUGGGUCCGGACAAGCAGCUGAACGCGUUCGAGCAGAUGCCCCGCGGAGUCCGGACCGGGGACAGGAAGACCUGGAUCUCCUUCUUCAGGGACAUGAGCGGCAUGUACAUCCACCCGGUGGGCUUCGAGGUGCUGGUCGACCACCAGAGCGUCAACGCGUCCGAGUGGAAGGUGGAGAUGCUGCUCUAUAACGGACAAUAUUUCGACUCCAUAGACGCACUGAAGGAUAAAUACGAUAAAGAUCUCGUAAAGAAGAUCGUCUACAAGGAGUCCCCUGAUUAUGGCUCUCUGAAACCCAGGAACAAGCCCCUGCAGGUCGGUCCGCAGCUCUUUAACGCGGAGGGGAAGCGCUACAGUGUCAGCAACAACCACGUCGUGUACAUGGACUGGAGCUUCGCCUUCGGGCUCAGCGCGCUCACGGGCAUGAGGGUGUUCGACGUGCGCUUCAACGACGAGAGGAUCGUGUACGAGCUGAGCGUGCAGGAGGCCAUGUCCGUGUACGGGUCGGUCACUCCCGGGAUGAUCCUGACAAAGUUUCUGGACUCCAGCAUCGGGAUUGGCCGCUUUGCGCACGAACUGGUCCGCGGGGUGGAUUGUCCCUACGAGGCGAGCUACGUGGACACAUACCGCUACAUUGAUGUCCCCAAACCGGUCCGCUUCAGGAACUCUAUCUGCAUAUUCGAGCACAACAUGGGCCAGCCCCUGAGGAGGCACUUCUCCGACUUCUUCCACCACAGCUACGGGGGCAUGGUGAACAGCGCGCUGGUGUUCAGGACCAUCACUGCCAUAGGGAACUAUGACUACAUGUGGGACUUCAUCUUCUACCAGAGCGGGUCCGUGGAGGCCAAGGUGCACGCGACCGGAUACAUCUCCUCCUCCUACCUGGUGGACGGGGCUCUGCGGCACGGACACCAGGUGGCGGAGAAGGUGCUGGGGAACAUCCACACACACUUCAUCAACUUCAAGGUGGACCUGGAUGUGUUGGGAGUAAAGAAUUUCUUUCAGACCAAAGACAUGGAAUAUGUAAAUGUUUCGCUGCCAUGGAUGCCUGAUCACUAUGCGAUGGUGCCUCAGCUGGUGGAGAAGCAACUGAAAACAGAAAAGGAGGCAGCGCUACGUUACGACACCAAGACUCCGCGCUACCUCCACAUCUCCAGCAACAAGACCAACCGCUGGGGUCACCAGCGCUCCUACAGGCUGCAGGUGUUCAGCUUCACAGGGGACAAUCUCCCCGAGAGCCAGGCCGAGGAGAGGGCCAUGUCCUGGGCCAGGUAUAAGGUUGCCAUCACCAAGCAUAAGGAUGGAGAGCAGACCAGCAGCAGUCUGUACAGUCAAAACGACAUCUGGUCUCCAGCUGUCGACUUCAGCAAGUACAUUGAAGACAACGAAAGCAUCGAAGACGAGGACCUGGUUGCCUGGGUGACCACCGGCUUCCUUCACAUCCCCCACUCCGAGGACAUCCCCAACACGGUAACCGUAGGCAACGGGGGCGGGGUCCUGCUGCGGCCACACAACUAUUUUGACAUGGACCCGUCUAUCCACUCUGCUGAUUCGGUGUACCUCUCCCCGGGCAGCGAGGACAGCUGUGACAGCAACAGGAUGGCCUGCCUUGCUCAAGAGACCUGCAGCCCCGUCCUGGAACCCUUCACCUAUGAAGGCUUCAAUGGAGUCAUUAAGUUUGAGGAUUGGGUCUAAUGUGUUUUUAGCCCUGAUGAACUCUAUUUGUUGACCUAUCAGGAAGCUUUUGUCCAUGUUACCAUGUUUAUAGAGGCAGUUUGGGACGUCACAUUAUGUGUGCUACAUAUGGGUCAGGGUUAAGGCUAGCAAGGAGCUCACCAGGCAAGAUGAAAGAAAUAUUUUAACAUUAGGAAAAUAUGCAAACUUCCUUUGUUGUGGAACAUUUAGUGGGGGAACAGCUAGCUCUGUCCUAAGUAAAAUAAAAACACCUUUUUUGGUUUACAAACAGAAUAGACCAUCUUUGCUAGGGACAAAAUGUAGGAGGCCAAUGACCCAUUCGUCCUUCAUGCUCGGAUAAUGCCUAACUUUUAACUCAAACUUUGUUUUUAACUCAACUUUUACAUUUCUCAUCUACACCUUACACAGUAGCAGGGCUAUCGUGGUGAUGAAAUCUUGAAACACUGACUCAAUAACAAACAAUACCAUCUUGGCUGUAACUAAACGCCAACUCAUGAUUUCAGGUGAAGUUUCAUGCUGGAACUAUUUCUUUUUGGACAACAUCCAGACUCAGUAGCUGCAGCUUCACAGUUUGUUUUCACACUAAGGUUGCCAAGUUUGGCAUCAGUUUGUCUGUAAUGACUAAAAACAAAGCUUUGCUGACAUAUAAACUACAUUUAAAUAUGUAACAAGGUAAAAACAGUGUAACCCAGAAAACCAUUAUUUGAAUAAUGCAAUUUCUGUUUGUGUAUCUAACAAACAAGUAUAAACAUCAUGUCAGUGAGCUUUAUAAGUGCUUUUUGAUUUCAGAAAGAGCCAGACAGGCUAGCUGUUUCUCCUUACUUCUAGUCUUUAUGCUAAACUACGCUAACCUACUGAUUCCAGCUAUGAACACACAGAGAUGAAUAAACUCAAUCUUCUCCCUUCCCUUUUGGUAAAAAGGAGAAUGAGGGUAUUCCCCAAAAUGUUGAAUAUCAAGAAAAAAGUCAGAAUUCUGAGAUCAAAUCAAAACUUAACAUUUUAUUUAACUUUUGGUCACACCCUCAUUUUCUUUCUCAUGUGGCCCUAAUCCUUGUCUGUGGAUGUCCAUGUCCGCAGAUAAUGACAUUUUAAACUUGUUGAUUAUCUGACUUUUUGUCUUGCGUUUCUAACCAAAUACCUGCACUAAUAAUGACAUUCGCAUCAGCUGCAUAUUGUGUUAGCUUCAAGUUGGCAAAUGUUAGAAUAUGAAUUAGCUUAAAUGCGACGGAUAACAUAGUAAACAUUAGACCUUAGACUGCUUAGUUCUUAUCAUGUUAGCAAUGUAAUUGCGAGUAAUAUAGCUUGCUGAUGUUAGCCUUUAGCUAAAAAGAAACACAGUGCAGCCUCAGAGUCACUAACAAAGCUUCAUUUUAUUUGUGGAAUUACCUAAUUUAGCAACAGGUUUGUUUUGUUUGUUCUGUUUUCCUUUUUUCCCUUUAAUAAUGAUAUCUGCCACACAAAUAGUAAGGAGCAUAUCACCAGUCAAAUGUUAUGAGUGGGAGAUUUCCUUACUUAUGAACAAGCCUAUUAUUGUUUAAACGACAUCCUUAAAGGUAGGGUAGGUAAGUUUGAGAAACCGGCUCGAGAUACACUUUUUGUUAUAUUCCAUGGAAUGCUCUUAACAUCAGAUAGCAAUGAAUAUCUUAAGUGCUUUGACAAAAAAUCCAUAAAAAAAUGUCAUCUGUGGAAGCCGUAAUACUGUAAAAAGCACGACCAAUCAUUUUAGCCAGCCCGGCUAAAAUAACUGGAUGGCCUACCUGCCUGUCAGCCUUCCAUCGGGGCACAAACUUAAUCUCGUGCCCUCAUUGGUCAUGUGCGCGUUCGUGUGUGUUGGAGGAGGGGCUCUAUAAGGAAGUGGCAGAUUUUCUCCGGUUGUGUAUUUUCAAAUUCUAGCGAUCUCGAGCCAGUUUCUCAAACUUACCUACCCUAACUUUAAUGUGAGCAAGCAAAUAGGCUAUGUGUUAAUUUUUUUGUAAUGUUGCACUUACCUUGCUUCUAUGCAAUCAAACACUUUUAAACAUGUUUCAAAUGUUUGUCAAAUGUUUGUCAAAUGUUUGUCAAAUGUUUGCCUAUUACAUUCAGAGAGACACAAUGCUUAUCUGCGUUUCCUAAUUACACUGUGAUGUAAACAGUAAUGUAAACACAGUAAAUUGACACUGUAGAGCCAACUGUGUGUAAAGCGUGCACUGAAUAAUAUGAGCAUCCAGUCGGGGUCACAGCCGGACCCCGCUCUGAUGCGACUCAGGGCUGGGACCACCAAACAGCUGACUGGUGUAUUUUUUAUAUUUUUUAUACAGGUCAACGUUGUGAGGAAUGUUUUUGUUGUUUUUCCUCUCAAAAUAAAAGAAGAGAUUAUUUGUCAAAGA